UAAACAUAUAAAUGAUAGCCAAUAGAAUGUAUGUGUUUUUUGUCAAUGUAAUUAAGUUUAUAAGCACCAACUGAUUAUGAUACUUCAUACUGAUUAUACCUGGCAACUUAUAAAACAUUGAUGGAUAAUAUAAUAAAUAUUACUUUGUGAUGCCAAAAUUGGCUGAUCAAGUGGAUAUGUUUACAGUCCACCAAACCAGUACACUUAACAGUAACCGAUACAAUGAGCUUAAAAAGAUUUUCGCACUGGCACUACCUACCAUGAUUUCACAACUCUUACGCUUCACUAAUCCUUCAAUCAGUGUAAUGGUCUGUGGACAUUUAAGUCGAGAAGAAUUAGACGCUUCAUCGUUGGCUAACUGUAUAAUCAAUAUUUUUGGUUUAAGCAUUGAUACAGGAUUUUCAAGUGCCUGUGAUACACUUUUCUCUCAAGCAUAUGGAAGUCGCAAUCGUGAACUCAUAGGGACACUGCUUCAACGAGCUUUAUGCGUUGUAUGUCUAAUGUACAUGACAUUGGUGUGCAUACAUUUGAAUAUUGAAACAGUAUUACUAUUACUUGGUCAAAAUCCUUUAACUGCAUCCCUUACAUCAGAAUAUAUUGCAUACUUUUUGCCUGGUCUUGGGUUUGAUUUUUUAUUUUUAACAUUUGCACGAUACUUACAAACACAAAAUAUUAUUCAACCCAUUGUAUAUUCAACAUUUACAGGAACAGUUUUUAAUAUGUUUGCACAGUAUUAUUUUAUUGUUCAUUUAAACUAUGGGCUACGCGCUUCCGCUAUAUGCCUGUCCUUAUCGUUUGGUUGUAUGUUUCUUUGCGAAUUGGGAUAUAUAUUAGCUUCCAAAGUUUAUAAGGAAACAUGGAGUGGAUUCAAAUUAAAUUCUGCACUUAGUAAUUGGAGUAUAUUUUUCAAAUUGGGAAUUCCUGGUAUUUUAAUGGUGGCACUAGAAGAAUGGUGUUUUGAAAUGAUGACAUUAAUGGCUGGCACUCUGGGAAGCGUAACUCUGGGAGCUCAGGCAAUCGUGUUUCAGAUUCAGUCAAUAAUAUAUAUGGUUCCUCUUGGACUGUUUACAGCAGUAAAUAUUCGUGUUGGCCAAAGACUUGGUGCAUUUGAUCCAGUUGGUGCUCGUUAUGUAUACUUCACUGCGUUAACAAUCAUUUCUAUAGUUGCAUUAUUUACUGGUUUACCUGUUGUACUCUUACGACAUUACAUUCCUUAUAUGUUCACAUCGGAUGAAGAAGUUUGUUCAUUAGCCAGUCAGCUUUUACCAAUGCUUUUACUAUUCCAGUUUCUUGAAGGAUUUGCUGGUGUAUCAGAGGCUAUUUUACUAGCUUGUGGUCGUCAAAGUCUUGGAGCAAUUACAAUAUUUUUAGGUUAUUAUUGCACUGGAAUGCCAAUUGCUGCAAUACUAACAUAUCAGACAUCACUUGGAAUAUUAGCUCAGAGAACACAAUACCACCGUAUGUAUUCACCUGUGUUGGGGAUAUUCUCAAUCAUUUAUCAGUGUGCUAUAGACUACUGAGGCAAGUAUUGAUUUUGUUAGUGUCUAUAUCUGUAAUGCAUGGGUGGAGUUUGAAAAACAAUGAUGGAGUAAUUUUUACACAUGAAAGUUGGUAUUUUAAAUGUUUAGUUUCUAAUUUUAUGAAUUUUUUCAACAAAAAGUAGAUUAAACUAGUAGUAUUUAUUAAAUUGUUACAAAUAGGUGAACACUAGUGUGUAAUUUACUGAUUAAACAAUUCAUUAUCCCAUCAUUUCAAGUUUUAUUUAAAAAACACUUUCAUAGUAAUUAGAAAUCCUAUUUUUAAUGUCAUCAUAAUCAGGAUCAUGGAUAGGUUUAACCAUUGGUUUUGGAUUAACAACUAUGGUUUACACAAUACUUGCACUGAGAACAGAUUGGACUAAACAAGUUAAGCAAGCUAGAAACAAUGUUACAGAAAUAUCAUCUGUUUAUUCGACAAAUAAUAUUAACGAACAAUAUAAAUAUCACUGCUUAGAUAGAGAAAAUGAAAGUGCUGAUGCUUCCAAUCUAACAUUAUUUGAACAAUCUACUAUGAUCACAGAAAAUUUAUCACAAUAUUAUAAAAUGAAAUUUUCCAAAAAAAUAAAAUGUAUAGAAUUAACUUCAAAUUAUUUAUGGUUUAAAUGCAUUAUAUUUUUUAUUAUUUUAAUACUACUUAUUAUAUCAUUGUAUAUACGUUUCUUCUAUUCUAUUCCAUUAUGGUAUACAUAUUGUAAUGAACAAGUGAAUUUAAUAGAUAAAUCAUCAUUUUGUAUACGUAUUAUGCCAAUAAAUAAUUAUUUAAUACAAUCUAAUAAUAAUAUAACUCAUUUAUUAAUGGAUAAUAUGACAUUAUGAGAAAUUUCAAAAACACAGAUUCAAACAACAUUAAUAUACUACUUAUUUGCAUUGUUUUGUUUGUUUUGCUUUUUUUUUUGUUUUUGUUUUUUUUUAAUUUUCAGUGUUUAUUCUUUUUCUUUUUGUGAACAAAUAAACAAAAGAUUCUUUUCAUUUGAUCAUUAAUUGGAUACAUAUAUAUUUUACUCAUCUAAAUUACUAAUUCUGAUUUAUGUAAUUGUUCAUAUGUUUUCUUAUACUGAAAAAAGGACAAUAUUAUAAUCCUUAACAAUCAUUAAUAAUAGAUAAGUUCGAAAUAAUUUAUUUCAUCAAUUAAAUUUAUUAUUUCUGAUCUCUAUUAUGUUUGUAUACUUUAGAAAUACAUAUGUAUAGGAUAUAUAUAUUUUUUGAUUUAUGUAUAUUUGAACCUAUUUUUUAAAACGAAAUCUAAUAAACACUUUUUAUCACU